AUGGCAUACUCAUAUCUCACUGAUAGCACUUACGGUAAAGACAAUGUUAAGUUUUUAAAAGUUAAGAAGGAUAAAUCGAACCCAAAGAAGCAUGAAAUCAUGGAAGCUACCGUCAAGGUGCUCCUAAAGGGUGAUUUUGACGUCUCAUACACUGAGGCAGACAAUUCUCCAAUUGUCCCCACUGACACUGUCAAGAACACGAUCCUUAUUUUGGCCAGACAAUACGAUACUUGGCCAACGGAAAAAUUCGCUGCUAAGUUGGCGCUCCACUUCACUGAGAAAUAUGGUCAUGUUUCUGGUGUUACCGUGCAAAUUUAUCAGGACCGUUGGGUUAAGUAUGAUGUCGACAACAAGGAGAGUUUACACUCUUUUAUUCAUCAAGGCCCAGAGAAGAAAGUCACUUUCUUGGAUUAUGACAAGAAAAAUGGUCCCGGUCAAUACUUCUUGACUACAAACAUCAAGGAUUUGACUGUCUUGAAAUCGACAAAUUCCAUGUUUUACGGUUACAAUAAAUGUGAUUACACGACUUUGAAACCCACCACUGAUCGUGUUUUGUCCACCGAUAUUUUUGCUUUAUGGGAAUGGAGCUGUUCCAAAUUGGGCUGCUUGAAAUCUAUCGCUGACGGUCAGAAGGAUUCCAUCUUUGAUUCUGUGUACAAUACUGCUCGUGAUGUCACUUUAGACAUCUUCGCUAAGGAGAAUUCUCCCUCUGUCCAGGCAACUAUGUUCAACAUGGCUACUGCUAUUUUGCAAAAAGCUCCUCAAGUCGACUAUGUUACUUACGAGCUGCCAAACAAACAUUACUUCUUGUUUGACCUCAAGUGGUUCAAAGGGUUGGAUAACGAUAAUGAGCUAUUUUAUCCAUCUCCACACCCUAACGGACUGAUCAAAUGUAGAGUUGGUCGUAACCAAUCAAAACUUUAA